UUACUCUCUUCGUCUUGGAACAGUGGCCUCGCAUGGCAUACAACUGACGAUACCCUGCGUGAAGGGUUUUCGAAGUUUGGCACCAUCGAGGAAGCCCUGAUCUCUCAUGUCCAGAUUGUUGUCAAGGACCGUGAUACCAACCGCAGCCGCGGCUUUGGCUUUGUUCGUUUCUCUAGCGACAGUGAGGCUGAUGCCGCACUGAAUGCGAUGAACAACCAAGAGUAUGCUCGCUGUUCCCCUUGGGAGAAGGACCUGAUUCUUUUUUUUUACUGGCUUGCUUUUUGCUCACUAUCCCCCAACAGGUUCGACGGCCGUGUCAUUCGUGUCGACAAGGCGACUGAACGCUCUUCCGGCGGCGGUGGAGGCUAUGGCCAGCGCCAGGGAGGCUACAACCGCUUCGACAACUCUGACCGCGGCGGCAGCUACAACCGCGGUGGUUACGGCGGUGGCUAUGAUUCUCGUCAAGGAGGUGGCUGGGGUGGGCAGCAGCAACAGCAGCAGCAGGCAUACCAUGGCCAGAACCAGGGAGGCAACGGAGGAAUGUAA